AUGGCGUCCCAACAGCAACAGCCCGGUGUUCCAAGCUUACAACAACAACAAGCCGUUGCUCUGCAGCAACAGCAACAACAGCAGUUGACUCAACAGCAAGACUUUGACCCGGUCCAUCGAUUCAAAAUGCUAAUUCCACAGUUGAAAGAAAGUCUACAGAACCUCAUGAAAAUCGCGUCGCUCAACUUGGCCCACAACACAAACAUUGACAACGGAGUUAAAAGCAGCGACACUGCAGUCCAGCGUUUUGACAAAAGCCUCGAAGAGUUCUACGCCCUUUGUGAUCAGUUGGAACUGUGUUUGCGGCUGGCAUACGAGUGCCUCUCGCAGAGCAUCGACAGCGCCAAACAUUCGCCAAACCUGGUUCCCACAGCUGCCUCCAAACCAGACACGGUGCAGACGGAGUCCAUGUCCUACGCCCAGUACCUCGGCAUGAUCAAGUCCCAAAUUUCAUGCGCGAAGGACAUCCAUAAUGCUCUGCUGGAGUGUUCAAAAAAGAUCGCUGGAAAGGGACAACCUCCAGGAAUCAUGUAG